AUGUCUUUUCUUACUCGCGCAGCUGUAAUUCUCCCAGCCCUCUUCUCAUAUCUUAGCCAUGCUGUCAAUCCCGUUGAAGUUCGCGGCCGCGACUUCAUCGACACUGUUACUGGCGAGCGCCUUAUGAUAAUUGGUGUCGACUACCAGCCCGGAGGACAAGGCGCAUAUCAACCUUCCAACAAAGAGGAUGCCCUGAGCAAUUCCGACUUCUGUUUGCGAGAUGCAGUCCUCAUGCAAAGGCUUGGCGUGAACACGCUUCGUGUCUACAAUCUUGAUCCCACUCUCGAUCACUCCGAGUGUGCCUCCAUCUUCAAUGCCGCUGGCAUUUACAUGAUGCUCGACGUCAACUCUCCCUUGCCAGGCGAGAGCAUCAACCGCGCUGAACCAUGGACAAGCUACAACAGCGGCUAUCUUAAUCGCGCCUUUGGAAUCAUUGAGAACUUCAAGAACUUCCCAAACACACUUGGCUUCUUCUCCGCCAACGAGGUUAUGAACGAUUUGUCUACUGCCGAGUUCAACCCACAGUACAUCCGUGCAGUUCAACGUGACAUGAAAAACUACAUCAAAAACCAUGUCAACCGUACCAUACCUGUCGGUUAUUCUGCUGCCGAUGUCCGCGAAAUUUUGCAAGAUACCUGGGCUUACAUGCAGUGUGUUCACGACGAGGAUGAGUCUUCGUCUGACUUUUUUGGUCUCAACUCUUACAGCUGGUGCAAUGGCGACAACAUACAAACUUCCGGCUAUGAAACCUUGGCCAACAUGUUCGCUAAUUCUGCCAUUCCUGUUUUUUUCAGCGAAUACGGUUGCAAUCGCGUAACCCCUCGUGAGUUUGAAGAGGUCCAGGCUCUCUACGGUGAUCAGAUGAGAGCUCUCUCCGGUGGCCUUGUAUAUGAGUACUCUGCCGAAGAGGCAGGCUAUGGCCUGGUCGAGAUCGAACAAGACGGUUCAAUCCGACUUAUGCAAGAUUUCGAUAAUCUCCAAAGGCAAUUCAACAAGCUCAACAUCCAAGCGCUCGAAUCAGCAAGUCCUCAGUCUACCAAUGUCCAAGCUCCAGAGUGUAGCGACAACCUCAUAACCGCGAACGAAUUUAGCAAAAACUUCACGAUUCCGGCUGUCUGCCCAGGGUGCCAGGAUCUCAUCAACAACGGAAUCAAGAACCCUCAAAACGGGAAGUUGGUCAACGUCGAGGAGACAAACGUCCAGCAGAAGGUCUAUGGUAGUGGUGGCCAGCAGGUUCAGAACCUCAAGCUCAACAUUGUCUCGGAUGGAGCAAACACACCAAACGGCGAGAACACCAGUCCAAGCUCUACCGGUGGGGAUAACACCAACCAACCUAGUCAGACUGGUAACGAGGCACGACCUACUGAGACAGGAACAGGGGUAGUUGUGCACCCCAGAGGCAGCAGUAUGCUGGCCCUCGUCUCUUUUGUUGUUUGCGCUCUAUGCUUGUAA